ACUAGCGGAAAACACAGAGCUGAGUGCAAAAGGCUAUCUGACUGCAUCCAAAUGAGAUUGAUUUCCAUGCCAGAUCCAUUUGUUAAACCUGUGUGCUGACAAAUAGCCCUUUCAAUAACUGGAACUGCAGAGAUUGCAUUUUAACUGCUGUUUGAGCUUUUGGAAAUACAGGGAUCUAAAGGUAACGAACAGAUGCUUGCUCAUGCACAGAGUAAAACCAAUGGUCAGUCACUGAAUUUUCAGAAGUUAAGAAUGGUCCACUCCCUUGAACACUGCCUGCCCGUCCUCCCUCAGCCAGCCAUCCUCCUUCCCUUAAACAGCCAAUAAGGAUGCUGUCUAUUCAUGAAUUGAUGUCGGAGCAGGCAUGUGUAGGCAGCCUGCCACAGGAGGAGGUGUGUCUCUUUGAGCCAAGAGUCUGUGCACAAACGAGAGUAUGCUCACACUAAGAGAGGAGGUGGUGGAGUAAAGAGUGUAUGGAGGCAUGCAAGUGAGAGCUGGGAGAGGGAGGGAAAGGAAAACCAGAUGCAUUUUACUGAGUUAAUUAGUGACUUAUAUACUCAUUAGAAAUACAAAAAACACUCAAAUUUGGGUAACAUAUGUGUGUAUGUGAGAGCAAGAGAGGGAGGGAUCUCUGAGGAUACACGGAUGAGAAAGAAGAGUGAGGGAGGCGAAGAAGAGGAGCCCGAGUGUGGAUUGCCCUGGGGGGAGAUCGCACACGCUACAGACAAGCGCACACACUCCGGUGGGCACUCAGCACCGUUUCCCUGACAACUAGGAUGGGCUGCAAUUUGUGCACCUUGCAGAAACGAGAGGAACACUACAAACUGCUCUACGAGAUUGCACAGGUGAAUGGGCGUGACUUCUCCAAGGUUGAACAUGAUGAAUCAGUGGUGGAGACCAUCAGGCGGGACCCCAUUGUUGUCCAGGUCCUCCGGCGAACCCCCACCAGAGCCACUAUUGUGCAAAGGAAUGGCGGCUCUUCACAGGAUGUCUGUGUGGUCGAUGUUUGCACACAAACAGACAUCACCUUCGAGCACAUCAUGGCGCUGGCCAAGCUCCAGCCAGCCACCCCGCCAGUGCCAGAGGUCUGUCCAUUCCUUCUCUCAGACAGCUGUCAAUCCAUCCACACCAUGGAACAUGAGUUUUUUGAAUGUCCAGAGUACCUGUCUAAUGGUCCAGCAGAGGUGGAGAGGACUGAGGAGUAUGAGUUUGAGGAAGUGGAGCUCUGUCGUGUGCACAGCCAGGACAAGCUCGGUCUGACACUGUGUUACCGGACCGACGAUGAGGAGGACACUGGCAUUUAUGUCAGCCUGGUGGAGCCGAACAGCAUAGCAGCAAGAGAUGGACGCAUCAAGGAAGGAGAUCGCAUUCUGCAGAUAAACGGCUUUGAAGUGCAAGACCGGGAGAAAGCUGUUGCUUUGUUGUCAAGCGAAGAAGCAAAGAGCAUCACACUUGUGGUGACAAGGCCAGAGAUCCAGCUAGAGGAGGAGGCUGUGUGGCUGGAUGAUGAGCAACAGCAACUUGUUGAGGAGUUGAAGAUGGAGAUUCUCGAGGAGAGGAGGAAGCAGAGAGAACAAAGCUUUGAGAUGGCAGAUAAGCUUCAAGGUGAUGAGGACAUGACAACAGACACAGCCACCUAUUCUUCCAACAAUCAAGACAGUGGGUUUGGGCGCAGCACAGACAGUCCUGAGGACCAGCCUUUAUUGGCAAGACUUUAUAGGAGGAGCCCAGCACACAGCCUAAGGGAUCGAUGGCAGUCACAAAACUCCCACAACAGGCGAGGGACUGCUGUGCCACAGGAAGCCCAGAGCACAAGAAUGCAUUCAACAAGCCAAGGCAAUGAAAGUGUAGUGAGUAUUCGCAAUGGUGGAUGUGGAGUCCGUGGUUUAGAGAAUUGCUUCCAGCAACUCUUGGAGCUUAAGUGCCAAAUCCGUAACGGAGGUGAAUGUGGGGUGUACUCCAUUCGACACAGUAUAGAAUGUAGUGUCACUGGGCAAGAUGGAGGGGAUGGAGAUAGUGAAUGUGAUGUUGGUGCAGGGGUUGGGGUAGAGCGAGAGUUAAAGAUGCUGAAUGAAGAGCUGCGUAGCAUUGAAUUAGAAUGCCAGAGCAUCAUGCAAGCCCACCAACUACGCCAGUCCCAACAGCUUGAGCAAUCACAGUCUGCACUAUGUUCACCAGGAAUGAACAUUAAAAAUGGACAAAAGCGGCAUGGGAGGCUGGCUGACAUUCACGAAUACCCAGAAAGGUCUGACAGCGAUAGAGUUCGUGAGAAGGACAGCUCCAGUGCCUACAACACAGCAGAAAGUGCUCGGUCAACUCCACUAGGCAUGGAGCGAUCCCCUGAUCAUUCCCUGCAGAGACAGAUCAGCAUCACCAACCAGAAAAACCUCAGACUGGCCUCUGCUGCACAGUCCUAUCCCAUUCCUAUCCCCAAUCCUGAAGGCACACAUAGACCUUGUAGGCCAGCAGAUCAAAGUCCAGUUAUCCCCAGCAGCCCUGACCAGAGCAAUCCUUCACGGUCUGAGUCGGACCCAGCAUUACCAGCGGAUGAUGAAAGAAGUGACAAAAAGGGAAGGAACAGGGACUCAAGGAGAGCUCUUCCCUAUGGUGCUUCAUAUCAGACAAGCACCUAUCAUGGCCAGGGAGGAUCCAAACAACUUCAGAGCUACAUGCAGCUGCUGCAGCAGCACUCAUCCCUAGAGUACUCGCAAAGCCAGCUGAGCCUCCUCAGUGUCUGUCGAGAUCCUAUGCUCCAUAGUGGCCGUGCAGGAGAACCUCGUUUGGAGUGGAAAGUCAAAGUUCGUGCAGAUGGAACGCGUUAUGUCGCACGGAGGCCUGUUCGUGACCGCAUUCUGAGGGAGCGGGCGCUUAGAAUCAGAGAAGAGAGGAGUGGAGGCAUGACCACAGAUGACGAUGCGAUGAGUGAGAUGAAGAUGGGCCGCUACUGGAGCAAGGAGGAGAGGAAACAGCAUUUGGCAAGGGCCAGGGAGCAAAGAAAGAGGAGGGAGUUCAUGCAGAAAAGCCGCAUUGAAUGCCUAAAGGAAGGACCGGUGAGCGGAGCUGAGGGCAGAAAGGAGAUCAACAUCUUGGAGCUCAGCCACAAAAAGAUGAUGAAAAAACGAAACAAAAAGAUUCUGGACAACUGGAUGACCAUCCAAGAGCUGAUGAGCCACGGGGCCAGGGUGCCGGAGGGGUCUAAAGUCCAUAAUGCCUUUCUUUCUGUCACCACUGUUUAAAAGACAUGUUUAAAUGCUUGAUACUGACAUUUUAUGUCAGGUAUAUCACUAUUUGGUUUUGAAAACUGUCACUCUGUGAAAGUACUGUAAAUCAAGAAAUGUCAUUAAUAUGAAAUUCUGUAGCAUUCUCGGAGCAGCUUUUACUAACCAUUGAAGAAUGUUCAGCAAUCAGUACAUGCCAGCCAUUAAAAUCAUGUCUGCAGAUGCUUUUAAACUGGACCAAUCUUUUUGUUGAUGAAGGGAUACCUAGUAGCAUGUUGGUUCAAUCAGAUUUAUAAAACAUGAAUGGACCAACAACUUUUUGUAUAUUCUGUAUUGUGUCUCCAUACCAGUGUGUCUGUUUCAUAGUAUAUGAAGCAAUUUUACUUGCCUCGUUCAAGUUGGCCUUUUAUAUGGGGAAGAUUGCAGUAUUUUUUACGCUUUGUAAUCUCAAAACGUUUUGUAAGGAUUUUUUUUUAUGCAGAAUGUCACUGUAUUGUAAACGACUAUUGUAAUUUCCUAUUUAUAUUUGUAUCACCAAACCCAUCACUGUCAAGGUGAGACUAUUUGAUUGUACUAUAGCUAGUGCUGUAUGCCAGAGCAACAAAACAGAACAUGAGAAAGCUCAGAAGAAAAACCCUGCUGGAGACAACACCUUUAUACUGCAUUUGUACCACAGUCAGAGUUGUCUCGUAAAAGUAUGGCAGCCAGUUUAUAGCAUUAAAAUGUCAAUAUGACAACUAAAAGAGACAUUUUAGACAUGAGUUUGGAGGGUUCUUUGAAGAAACAUUUACCUCAACCUACAGUUAAAACUGAAUUAUCAAGAAUUCAAUGUUUUGCGAAUGAAAUCAUUGACUGAUACUUUAAAGUAUGAAUCUGUGAGUUAUGUUAAAAUGUAAAUCGUUUUUUUAAUUUAUAUUGUUUACUGUUUUUAUUGUAAAUCAAGGUCACUGUCUCUGAUCCUCUAAAGUGGCUAUCCUGGGGAAAGCAACACUUUUUAAUGAGCUGGGAAAACUUUGUAUCAUAUUUUCAGUCUUUCAGCUCAAAACUGCUGUUUUUUACUGUAAGAGGCCUCAAAUUCAGUAACUGUUGAUAAUUAUGUUUGUAAAAUUGAAUAAAGAAAGCAACAGAGACGAUAAUGAUUAAUGUUUAUGUUUUUAUCCACGUUUAUGUAUAGCAUCUGGUGACUGACAUCAUACAGUUAAAGAUUUAGCUCAAAGCCUCAAAGAAACUAGCUAAUUAGCUCAUAUCUGUCCUCUGCUAACAUGUUGUUACAAAUAACGAGGUUGACUUUGUUUAGUUUGACAAGGCAGUGGUUUAUUUAUUCAAUAUACUUCAAUGAGCUGUUAUUUUGUGUACUAGCUUAUGACUAUGCUGCACUAGUUUGAUCUUUGCUCGCACUAGUUCAGUUUUCCUGCACUAAUUCAAAAAACUUACUAAUAACACUUGUUGAAACCUAGUGGCACUAUUGUCUUACUAGCAGGAGCAGAAGUUCCACUAGUAAGACAAAGUUCUGCACUAACACUAGUAGCACAAAAGUUCACACUAGUAAUCUUUUUGAUGCAUUAGUUGACAGCUACACUAAACUAGUUGACAGCUUUGUCAUACUGGUGAAGUAGUUGGCAUUAAAAACUCAAAACAUGUUGACUGGUCAACACAUUCUGCCCACUAAUUUCAUGGUAAACUUAAAAAAAUUAAAAUUUUGUCAAAUCGUAAAGCCUCACAUGUACAUUAUUUGAUUGUGCAACAAAAGAAAUUUCAACCGAAGUUCAGGUGGAGGUUGUUAUUGAUGCUCUUAUUCCAAACAGUUUUGUUACUCUAAUGUGCACAGGCUGACAUCACUAGUCCUUUCAUUUUCAACUGUCUCUCCAGCAUGCUACAUUUUAGCAAGACCUGCGCUGGAUGUGUAAAAGCAUAACAGUGGAUGCAGCUGAAAGUCUCACUUUUCUACCCAUAUUUGCAUGUUAGCGUUUAGCUACUCUUAAGUAAUUUAGCUGUCAAAACCUUAUUUUGACAAUAACGUCUGUCACCUCACUCAAACUUUAUAUGUCAGUCUACAGUUAGUAUUCUCACAAGAUGUAGUUUGGUGCUAAAAAAGUCACUCCAAAUGGUAUAAAUGUGUUCGUUUGAAGGAAAUUCUAAAUCCUAAUAAACAAUUUGUCAUUUCACUCAGACACACAAAAAAAAAUGAGCUGCAGCUGCUCUACUUAAACAUGCAAAUGUAAUGUUUACGAUAAUUGUUAUAGAUUUGAUUUAUUGACAUAACCAACAAUUUCAGCAGACAUUUUGUAUGGGCAGAGGACACAUAUAAAUUAAAAAAUGCCUUUUCUUUCCUGAAAAACCUUAUGCACAAAAACCUCAGUGAUCUGGCUGCUAACGCCAAUAGAGCUAUCUGCCAUCACUGUGAAAUUAACUAUGCAGUGUCUUCAUCCCUCAGCCUUGGAUUGUUCCUUGCCUUGCAGACAGACACUGUUUUUGGUUAGGAGAUUAUUAUAUUGUUAUUAUUCACCCCAUGCGUUAAAUUUGCUAAAAAAAAAGCUUUAAACCAGUGUCACUGGUUUAGAUUUAGACAUUUAUUAUUAAAUGUUAAUUUAAAGUGUCAUUGUCAUGCUCUUUAACUGUUAUCCUCCAUCUGAUUGCUUGUGCUCUGUUUUACCUGCAUAUUUUGUUGUUGCUGUGUUUUAUUUUAAUGUAAUGUAUAGUACGCACCAUGUUCAGGCUAAAAUAGGAUUCUCUCUCAUUGGGUUUUCCUCAGAUUAAAAAAUAAACUACAUUCAUGAAUUCAU